GGUGCAACAAAAGCGAAAAGAAAAGAACCAAUUGGUUUGACGGUUUAAUUCUACGAAGAAGCCAUUUUGAUUUGUUUAGUUGAACGAGUAUCGUUGUGAAACGCAUAUUUCUAAGAGAUUUUAUUUAUACAGAUACUUUUAAUUCAAGGAGAUACUUAUUCCAUUCAUCAGCUAGAAAGUGGAUUCAAUAUUGGUUUGUGAAAUUAGUUGUGUCACGGUGUACAAAUUCAAUUGUUAGAAAUGGCGUGUGCAACUUUGAAACGUUCGCUUGAUUUUGAUCCAGUGCAUACCCAUGUUAAUCCCACUAAACGACAAAGAUGUGCCCCUAUGGUUAUAUCUCCAUCGAGUUCGCCUCCAAGUUCGAGAAACGAACACAGCAAUUCGGUUUUUUCUGGAGUGUGCCCCAAAAUGUCACCCGAUGAUCCAAACUCAUCUAGAUUUUCUGAUUACGAUGUUGCAGAAAUGAUGGCCGCUGGUAUUCGUGAAGAAAUCCGCAGAUUACACCGUAAAAAACAACUUCAUUUCAAUCCAAAAUUAGCGGAAGGUACUAGUCCAGCUGACACAUCAUCCGACUCUCCAGGAUCGCCGACGUCUUUUUCAUCUGUUUUCCCAGCUAGUACUCCAGAUAAACCAUUGUUUACUUUCCGUCAAGUAGGGUUAAUAUGUGAACGUUUGAUAACGGAACGAGAAAAUCAAAUCAGAGAGGAAUAUGAUCGAUUUUUAAGUAUGAAAUUAUCGGAACAAUAUGAAGCAUUUGUCAAGUUCUCAAAUGAUCAAUUGCAUAAACGUUUUGAUGCUGGUGCAGUACCUAGUUACCUUUCUUAAUUUCAUUAGCCACUUGUAUUACAGCUAACAAAUUUGCAGUUGGUGUUAAAUUAUACGAUAUUCAUUAUGUAACCCUUUUAUAUAUUUAAUUUCAAUGAUCUAUAUUCAAAAAUAUAUCUGUAAAAUUCAAUCAUUAACAGUUACAGAUCAUAUCGACGUAAAUGAAAGGUAAUUUGUAUUCGCCCGUUCGUGUAAAUAUGUUAAAACUUAAUCAUUAUCUUUUUCUAUGCUAAGUAAACUAGACUUGAAAUUAAUUUUAAUACUUGUUAUUGAUUGUUUUAGUUUGAAGUUGAAAUCAUUUUUUUCAUUAGUAUUAAUUUUCUUGCGUUUUCAUCAAAUAACAUGUCUGACUCAAAAUUUUUCCGUUUUUCGUUUCCUUACAAAUCCCUUUUUUGUUACUAACUGUAGAUAAAUCAAUUUUAUAUUCCGUUUUCAUGUAAUAGAAUUCUUCGAAAAACCCCGAACAACUUUCAUGGUGAAAAAUUUGAAUCAUUGUAAGUCUGAAAUAGUGCACCUUCAUGAAAUAUUUAAUAUUUCUUAUGACAUGAUUGAUUCAUUUGUGAAUAUAUUUUUCCUUUUGCUAUUUUUUCCCUGUUUUUCGAGGAUUACCUACGUAUAUCGUAAUGGAUGAUUCGAAUUAUGUAUUUAUUGAUUUAUUUAUUUAUAAUUAAGUAUUGCAAGAGCUUAUAAAGUAAUUAAUUAUUGAAAAAUUUUAAAAGUAUUUCUCCGUAUCUUCUCGUGUUUCAAAGCAUGUUUUUUAACGUAUGUGAACUAUGAAAUUGAAUUCGUUCGUGUAAUGCUCUGUGAUGUUCGACAGCGUAAAAAUAUUGCUAUUCGAUUUAGAUACAUAUAAUGAAAUUUUAUUCAUUGUUCGCUUCACUGUUGAAUUUGAUGAAUCAUUAUUCUUCACGAGCUUAAAAGUAAGUUGAAUAUGUACUGUUUGAAUCUCAUUGCAUUCAAAACUCUGUAUUAUUAUUUGUCAGCCAUUUCUUUUUUAACAAAUUUUUUCUUCGUGAUAGAGUGAUUAAAGUAUAAGUUGAAUAGAUUUACGAUUUUUCCUGAUAGUGUUAUUAUUAUUAAUAUAAUUUCAUUUAUAGUAAUUCAUGUUACAAUUAUUGAAGAUUAUUGGUGAUACAUUAUUUGAGAAUCAUUCUCUGAAAAUUCGUUAUACUUAAAUGAACGUAAUUUUUCAUGUGGCAAAUACGUGUGCAGUCGUGUUUUUUUUUCAAAUUAGUUAGCGGGGUUAUAGUCUUUCUAAUUAUAUUUUACUGAUAUUCAUAAUAUUUAACCAAAUAUGUAUCAUAAGAUAAUCGGUUGUAUAACUGCCAUUUUUUAAUUGACUUUCACGUUUGAAUUUUUUUAAUGCGCGUAAAACUGUAUAAAAUUCGUUUCGAUGACCAUGUUAUGUUAGAGCGCCUUCAAAAUUUUCAAAUGAUCUGGGAAUUCCCGAGUACUCUCCGAAUAGGAAAUUUGAAACAAGGCUUAAAUGUAUAAAACCAACUUCUAUUCAUAAAACCUCUGCCGUAUAAGUUUCCUUUUUGAAAAAAAUUCUCAAGUUUUCAAAUUUCUUGAAAAUUUUUAAAACGUUUGUGCGAACCUGUUACUAUUAUCCUCGAAAAAAUUUGGCAUUGUUCAAAAUUUUAUUUUGUAAUUGGCUUUUUAACUAGUGUAUUUAUUUCAUUUUGCGAAAAUAUGAGAUGUUUAUUAAGUACGAGCUUCGUUUUAGCUGGAGUAAUGCAAUUUGUUGUUGUUUAACUUAUGAAUUGCUCAAUAUUUUACGAUACCUACCUUAUGUUAGAUCUAGCUUAUUAUGUUAAGGUAUUUUUAUACUUUGUUGACGAUCUUCUCCUCCCCCCCUCCCUGUUACGAUUUAUUCGAAAUUACAUUUGUUUGGAAAAUAAUUGUAGAAUGCUACGACCUACACCACGAUAAGUUAAAAGAAUCCUUUUUAUCCAUGAUGAAGCUGAUUCAAUUCAAGUGAUCCGAUUAUUAUAGAUUUAAGACGGAGUAAUUUUAAUUGUGUAUAUAUAUAAAUAUCUAUUAUAUUAUUAUGUUUAGGAUUUGUUCAUUGAUUAUAAGUUUGAUUUUUUCUUGAAACAUAAUAAAGUAAUUUUGUAAUAAAA